GGUUGUUUUCUGCGUGUUUUCUUCCAUUAUCGUUUGAGUGUUGCAUCAGUGCAUCUAUCUGUGUGACGUGGGAGUGUGGGGAGGCCCGUGAGCUGUGAAAUAAUCGAAGGGCGUCGCUCCCCCAGCCCGUCGACGGCGGCGGCGGAGGUGGUGGUGGUGGUAGUGGUGGCGGCGGCAGGAACCCGACGCUCGCCUGCUGCCACGUAGAAGCCCUUUUAUUUCUCUCUACGCAUUCCCUUAGCAUUGCUGUUCCUAUAGCUUAGGAUAACCCGCCACAAUGGAGGAAGGCUACCUGGCGCUGCGCUGGAACAACCACAACACAAUCUUCACUAAGCUCCUCACUCUUCUGCGGGAGCAAGAAGCAUACGUGGAUGUGUCGCUGGCAUGUGCUGGAAGGUUGUACCCUGCCCACAAGUUCGUGCUGUCAACAUGCAGCGACUACUUCAAGGAAAUGUUCUCCAAGAACCCCUGCAAGCAUCCCAUUGUCUUCAUGAAGGAUGUCUCAACCAAGGAUAUGGAGGCACUGCUAGACUUCAUGUACAAGGGAGAGGUGCAUGUACCCCAGAGUGAGCUGGGGUCACUCCUGCGCACAGCCGAGGGUCUGCAGGUUAAGGGUCUGGCAGUGCCGGAUGACUCCCCACGUGUCUCCUCCUCUUCCUUAUCUUCCACCACCCCAGUUGUGCCUUCCACCCCAUCCGUCCCACGCUCGCAUCCGCCCACUCUCAUGGCGCCCUCUCACCUUCGGGCCAACAAACGCAAGAGACCAGCUGAGUCGAGUAGAAAAGAUGACCCACCUAAAUUAACACCACGGCCAGACCUUGGAUCCCAGACCCAAAAAUUUGCCAACCGCCAACGUAGUCGGCCAUCAACCAUGCCAGAGCUGAAGAGAAUAAAGCGCGAGCCGGCGACUGGAACUGGGGAAAACAUGGAACCUGGGGAAGUCCCUCAUUCCCCAAGCCCUGUCCCCAGCAGCCAUAACAGUGAAGACCCCCAGCUGAACCAUGCCAGCAAGAUCAAGGUUGAACACCCAGACUUAGAAAAGGAGGAGGAAGGUUAUCCAGAGGAGGAUGAGGGUGUGGCUGGUGAAGGGAUGUCUGGAGAAGAGGAGCACGAGGAGGAAGAAGAAGAUGAGGAGGAGGAAGAAGAGGAGGAUGAUAAAGAGGGAAUACUUUCUCAUGGACUGUUCUCAGAUGUGGAUGCCUGUGAGCAGUCUAAUUCUUCCCUCCCAAACUCAGACAUGUCCACAACUGAGCUCCUUCAAGUUGACCUGAGUGAGGACGGCACACAGUUCAUCAUUGGUCCCGGAGGGUUUGGGGAAGCCAUGUCCCGAGCCUCCUCACUGGCUGGGGACGAGGAGAGGGAUGGGGACCGGGAACAAAAGAAGCCAUUUGUCUGCCCCUUGUGUGGCCAGUCCUUCACACGCCGAGAUAACUUGGCAAACCAUAUUAAGACCCACACUGGUGACCGUCCAUUCAUGUGCCAGUAUUGCCACAAGUGCUUCUCCAGGAAAGAUUACCUGAAGCAGCAUGAACGAAUCCACACGGGAGAGAAACCCUAUGCUUGUGACAUUUGCGGGCGAGCCUUCACACGCAAGGAGGGUCUCACUGACCACAUGCGCUGCCACUCGGACUUCAAGGCCUUUUCUUGUGAAACCUGUGGUAAGAGCUUCAAGCAAAAGUGUGGCUUGCGGUUUCACAAGAGGAACUAUAAGCACUGACCUCUUGAAGAAGGUGGGCACUUAAUUUAUUAGCUCACAGCUAAUGUGGAUCUUGGUGUGCAUUGGGUAUAUUGUGUACAACAAGUGCUGCAAUGGUAGAUUGUUGUGACACAAUAUAGGUUAAUGAAAUGGAUUAAUUUAUGAUUAAAAUUUAGUUUUAAUACAUAAGAUAAUUUUUAUUAAUGUAAGUCAGUUUUAGAUAUGAUUUAAUUUUGUACAAGAUAUUUAAAGUUAUGAGUUUCAUAACCUCAUUAACUAGUACUCUUGCCUUAGCACCUAUCACCCAAGUCCUGACUUGCCUGCCCCACUGUCCUCUGCUCUUGGGGAAAGAGAAUUGCAACAACCCUUUGGCAGUCAUUUGUUUGGGCACUGCAUCUCAUCAUUGACAAAAUCAUAUUUAGAUUUAAUUUAUAUUUUCUCCUUAAAUGCAAGAUGACAAGUUUACCUCUCAACACAGCUAAUCAAAAGUGCUGGUCUUUGCACCUGUGCUGAUCAUUUCUCUUACAUUGUAUUUGUCAGUCACAUAUCACACAGUAGAUUAAUAUAAUUUGUUUAUAGGAAUUAUGUUGAGUUUAGUCAGUAGAGGCAGUCUGCUGAGGCACUUGUUCCUCAUGUAUUCUUCCUUGAUCUCAAACCCACAAGCUUUGAGCCUAAACAAAAGUGUGGUGGCUGUCCUGGCCUGGGAAGGGUGUGCUGUCUCCUUCCUGUCCCGCCGUCACCCUCCUCAUUGUGUCGGGGAGCUCGCCACACUUUCCCUCCUGUACAUUAUCAACCACAGAUAUAUCUUUGUGUCAGUAUUUUUUUGUUUAGUGCACUACAUUUUGUUGCCAAAGAAAUUUCCCUAAGAAUAUAGUGGCCAUAGAUAACUAUACAGUAUACACUUCCACUUACUCGGCAUAACACAAGUUUUCCUUCAUGAGUACUGAUGCUUAAUGGCACAGUGCUGUGAAAAUUAAUGUUUAUGAGGUACAGUUGCAUUUAUAUAUUUGAGACAAUUUCUAGGAUCAUUCACUCUAUGAUUGGUGGGAGUUUAAAGAUCAUUAACUAAUUUCUCUUGUCACUGGCACCUCCACCACUGACAUUGACCCUGAGUACUCAAGGCUGCUGCUCAUGUAAAUAAAGCACUGUACUCUCCACCCGUACUCACUCAGCCUUAUUAGCCUGAUUCAUUGCUUGCUGCCUGAGCAUCUGUAUUGCUAGUAAGGCAAGAUUGCUAAUUUUUUGUUAACUUUUCAAUUAUUUAUUAAUUUGUUACUUUCAUCAUCUUGCGCUAUAUUGCUUUUGUUUAAAUUAAUUCAUGGGUCACGUGAAAUCUCGCCAGAAAAUGUGUGAAAAUAAUUUAACAUUUUUCUUUCUUUAUUCUAUAUUGUAGUGCUCACUUGUAUUGAACACCUUAUCUGUCAUGAGUGUGAUGCACUGUCUUGCCCGCACAUUUUUAUCCCGACAAUACAAAAGAAUGUGUGAAAUCAUUUUAGAGAAAUUACUUCCAAAGAAUCACUGGUGGCUCUUGUUCUUUGCAACUGUUGCAUUCUCAACCCACAGAUCUGCACAAAAGAAGGUGUCUAGUUAACUAUAUGUGUUAGAGGUGUAUUCCUGGAUUCAUUGAAUUUGAUAGAACUUGUGUGUAACUAAGUCAUAGAAGUUGGUUAAUUUGCUACACUCUUCCAGUGUUUUGCAUUUUCCUCAUCUUAAGUUUGAUCUGGUGGCAGUCUCCUUACACUUCAGGUGGAGGGAAUAUGCUAAACACAAAUAAAGUGUGUGUGAGAGUUCAAUUAACUAUUAGCUAUGACAGUACCUUCAGAUCUGACAUCAUUGCCUCAUACUUCACAGUUUUGAUGACAUUGCAUAAUCUUUAUGAAAAUGGGACCUGUAGUGCAGUCAUUUGACAUUAUGAAGUUUGAAGAAACAUGACUCAGUUCAGUGAAGGAAUACGAGUAUGAGGUGCAUUGAUUUCUAUAUUGAGAAUUUGUUGGUAAGAAUUGUAUCAAAGACUGCACAGAAAAACUUAAGUGAAAUAGCCCCAGGUUUUGUCAUGUGAUGGUGGAAUAUUUGUAGCAAAGACAGAAAUAAUUUUGAGAGUAAGAUUAAUGGUUGGUGGCUGCCUUCAUGCACACCACAAGAUAUUGAUUAUUUAUUUGUUUAUUUAUUUAUUAAUUUUUAUUAUUAUUAUUAUUAUAAUUAUUAUUUAUUAUUUUUUUUAUGUUCUCAUUUAUGGACAGUAUUACUAUUAUUGUAUAUGAUGUAGCUAAUUUUGGUCACGUUUUUCUCUAAUGUAAAUCAGAUUUCUGUAAUUGCAGGAAGGAAAAUACUUGUUGAUAAAGCCAAUGGGAGCAAUUCCCUCACAGUGUGCAUGUGCCAACUUUGGACUUGUGUCAUUGCAGUAAUAUAGUCAUCAAAUCCAAGAAUCAUACAGAACAUUAUGCAAAACCAUCUCUGAUUUAAAUGUCACUGUAAUGGCCACUGGCAGACUGAGGUGUGGUGAUGUAUUCCUGCAGUUACAGUGGAGAGAGCAAGUAACGCCAGCACUAAGGCCUAGAAACAUUGGAUUCGGUUGCACUUUUUAUAGUAUGAUGUCAGGCCGUGCUUUAUUUGUUUCUUGACAAGCGGAUGCAAGUUCCCAGCAGCAUCAAUGCGUCAGUUCUCAUAGCAUUGUAGUACGUAUACGACUUCAUACUAACUCUUCCAUGGUGGGAUGAUGGAGAUCCCAGCUUCUGUCUAACCAUAUGUACUAAAGUUUGAAAAAACCUCAUUAUCAUCAUCAUCAUCUCUAGCAUGACCCCAUUUCCCACAGCACAGAGAUCCAGAAUCUGAAGAAAUAAUUAGGUAUUAAAGAUUAUCAGUGUUGAAGGCCACAGUAGAUGACUUAAAUGAGCCUUGCAUUCCUUUACAUCAUUUCUCAAAAUUUUUUUAUAAUCUCCAGACUCUUAAGUACAAAUCCAACACGUUAAAGAGUUGUGGUGGCAAGGUGCCCAUCAAGUUUCAAGUUGUUUAUCAUGACUAGUUUCAUUGCUUUUGUUUGGGUGUUUUGAUUGGAUUGGUACUUAUAAACCUCUUGUAGGAGAGUAUUCCUUGCAACUCAGCCUGAAAUCUGUUUAUGCAAAAUGGUGAAUGGACCACAGCAAAACAGAUUUCAGCUCCAUGUUGAGGAAUGGAGUGUAGCGGGCGGAAGAUUUGGUGUCUUACUUUUGUCAGGAGAGCUGGAGCACUCCAAAGAGAUUGCAUUUCAGGGUACAAUGUAUAGUUGUAAGCUGCAGCAAGUGCCCUCAUUCCUCAGCAACUGUAGCCUUAUUACCUUGAACCUUGUGGCUAGAUUAUGUUUCCUUUUGGCAAGGAUAUAUUCCAUUAAUUGCUAUGCCGUGCCAUUAUGUGAAGCUUUAUGGGACAACUCCCAUUCUUGAUCAACUGUAUGUUAUUGAUGGUAUGAAAUCCAAGUUGAAUUUUAAGCACUCAUUUAAUUGGACAGGCAUUUAACAGCAGGGAUCAUUUAGAGCCCACUGCCUUUGUGUUAGCACAUCACUAAACCCAUAAAACUGAUCUGGAAAUUGUAUUAGCAGUAUUUAAGGAUUUCUGUCCAGAAAGGUCUUUUAUGUGUAAAUAAAGUUACUUUUUUUUUGUUCUCAGUGUAAAUUGUAAGUGAUUUGUCUGUCUGCCAUAGAGGUAAACUGUCAGUUGUGAACUCUCACUCUACCUCUGAGGUGUCAUGUGUCCUGGUAUCAAGAAAUCUGGCAGUUGCAGUAGUCCUCUCCUGUUCACCAGCAAAUUAAUCACAAGCAGUGCCUCACCAGUAUACAGAGCCUGUGACAACAUUUAAACGUGGAGCAGUUUUUCAAGUAUCUCUUUGAAGUACUAUCAUAAAGACUGCCUAUAGGCUCACUGUAUAUUAUUUUUGGUAUAUCUUAACAAGAUGACUGAAAAUCAUGUGUGGCUUGUUUUGCACAGCCCACAUUCCUUGAAAAUGUGUAUUUUGCAUCAUAGUCCCUUUUACCUUGAGUGUGAUGUAAGUUUACCAGUCUUUUUGUACAUCCCCUGACAGAUAAUUCCAUAUACAUACAUAUUAUCAGCAAGUCUGAGCUUGCCUUGAGCUGUGAGGUGUGGCUAGUACUGAGACCCACAGCCAGAUUUGACAUCUUUUUCUCCCUCCUUCCUUCCUCCACUGUCUGCCCCACCCAUUGCCUUGACACCUCCUCCAGGAUGCACUCUCAUCCAGCCACUGUAACUAGUCUCACAUUUCAGAAAGGUUCUUGAACAAAUGGCUUCAUAUUUUUGCAUAUAGUAAAUGUUAAAGAAGUUGCCAUGUUUACUUGGGUUUGACAGUCACUUUUCUUAGUCUUAGCUGUAAGAAUUCAUGUGAUAGGACUUAUUUAUAAGACUUAUUUUGACAAAUAAACUGAAAGGAAUG